CUCUUGUGCCCGUGGCGCUCGCUUCCAACGUCUCUAAGAUCGGCGCUGCCUCCGGGAUCGAUAGCCGCUGGAGUCGCUGCGAUCCGCCCAGCGAUGGCGUCCAAGCUUCUCACCGCAUGGCGCAAGAGGAAACGCACUAAGAGCACUGAUGAGUAUGCAUGGCCGCCAAAGUCACUCGAGUUUUGGGAGGACGUUCCUCCUCCUCCACUGUUGAGGCCCGCGGCCAUCCCUGCCGUGGUCUUCACUUUGAGAGAAAUGCUCCAAGCCACGAACAACUUUAGCUACGAUAACUUCAUCGGCGAAGGAGGCUUUGGUCGUGUCUAUCGAGGAGUUUUGAGAACUGGAAAGCCCGUGGCCAUCAAGCAGAUGGAUCCAACUUUAAGCCGAGGCACACAAGGCGAGCGAGAGUUCCGGGUGGAAGUCGACCUUCUAAGUCGGCUCAGCCACCCCAGCCUUGUGAGGCUGAUCGGCUACUGUGCCGAUAGAAAGCAGAGAAUGCUGGUGUACGAGUUCAUGACUCAAGGAAGUCUUCAAGAACACUUGCACGGGAUUGUGCGGAUAAAGAUGAACUGGCAAGUCCGUAUUCGUAUUGCCCUUGGCUCAGCUAGAGCUCUAGAAUACCUCCACGCUGGACCUGCGACUGGCAAUCCCAUCAUCCAUCGGGAUUUCAAGUCGAGUAACAUACUUCUUGAUGAGACCUUCCAAGCGAAGGUGUCAGAUUUUGGUCUUGCAAAGCUUGUUCCGCAUGGAAACAAAACGUAUGUGAGCACGAGGGUACUGGGAACUUUUGGUUAUUUCGAUCCACACUACACGGCAACAGGGAGGCUUACGCUGAAGAGUGAUGUCUAUGCGUUUGGUGUUGUGCUGCUGGAGCUUCUUACUGGAAGGCGGCCGGUGGAUUCGGCACACAGCUUUACAAAACAGAACUUAGUUUUUCAGGUGCGAGACAGUUUACGGGACAGCAGGAAGUUAAAGAAGAUAAUUGACCCCGAAAUAUCGUUGGAAUCGUGCUCGUGGGAAUCCAUCAAGAGAUUCGCGAUGCUGGCCUACUGCUGCGUGCGUGACGACGAUACCCGGCGUCCGACGAUGGGAGAAUGCGUUGCAGAGUUGGAACAGCUCUAUCUUCUAAUCCUGUUCUACAGGAGAGCCGCAACGUGAAACUUCUCAGUCAGGGACAGGGACAUAAAACAAAACCAAAAAAGAGAAGAGAAGAACGAUAGGAAGCAGCUCUGUACAUUCUGCACUGACAAUUUCUUCAUCUUCACGUCGACA